ACUUGCGGUGACUUUCAUGUCAUAGAGCGAAUAAAGGUAAUGCGAAUCGUCUACCUUUCGACAAGGAGGUCGUCAACUCGUCAUUAUAGUAUCUGUUGUAAUUAAUCGGACAUCAUUUCAAAUUGAGAUCGAUGAGAAAUUGACGAGAAAUUGAUAUUUUUAUACAUAAAAAUCUACAUCCACUGGUAACAUGAAAUUGUGGAUAGUAAUAGCACACAUCACAUUGGUCGUUACUAAUCUAUGGGUUACAGCCCAUUUCCAGGAAGAAGUACCUGAGGAUAAUGAGUUUGCAGAAUUUGAAGAUUUUGAAGAGGAAAAGCCAAGUGUGCUUAUUGAACGUGCACCAGAAAUACCUCCAGAAGAAGAAUUGAAUCAAGAUUUCGAGGAGGACGAUGUCUUAGUUACAGAUGGUGACAGUGAAUUUGAUCAUUUUCAAGAUGAAGAGGAAUUUGAAGGACUGGACGUUGCUGGGGGCAACACUGGUCCAAAAAACGAUGAACCUUCCACGUUGACUAUUACAAAAGUCCCAUUCCAUUUGCGGGAAAGAUGGGACAGUUAUUAUUUAGAAAUAUUAAUGAUCACUGGACUAGUAGUAUACUUUAUAAAUUAUAUUGUAGGACGUACAAAAAAUGCUCAUAUAGUUGAGCAAUGGUUAAUAGAUCAUAAGCAGCUUUUGAUGGAUAAUUUUUCUCUCAUUGGUCAUUCAGGCAAAUCGAAUGAGAAUGCAAAUGAUAAUGGUUUCAUAAGACAGAGUGAAUCGCAGUACAGUUUAUAUUGUUCCGGACGUGUCGGCUGUGAUUCGAUGCUUAUAGAAUUGAAAUUAAUAAAGAGACAAGACUUAGUCGCUAUAUUAGCUCAAUUGGUACGCCCGCAAAAUGAUCAAAUUCACAUAGAAGUGGAACUCUCAAAAGACGAAAUAGAUAAUUUCGUUUUAGCAGUUGCCACAAAGCGGUUAGCGAUGCAUUUAGUGCGCGACAUGGCUGAUAUUAGCGUAUAUUGCCCGGAAAAACGAUCUGGGGAAAAAUUCGGUCUUCCAUCAGGCUUUUACGUAAUGUCUGAGAUUCCAGAAGCAACGGCAGCUAUUUUAGACACCAGGAUUCAGCAAGCCUUCACAAAGUUUGCGCCUUAUAUAGAAUAUAUUCACAUUAGUGAUCAAUUCAGUGGACGCAAACCCCAAGAAGAUACUACUCAGUUAACAAUGCCUGAAGUUAAAAGAAUAUUGUUGAUGAGUCUGAAUAUAAGUCUCAAGGGUCGCACGAGUAAUCUAGAGACUCAAGAAAAACUCAAACCUUUACUUCAACUUGCUUUCUAUUUAAUUGAUAAGCUACGACGUUUUAAAUUAUCUAAAGAGGGUAAAAAUAAAGCGGAUAAAAAUCGACUCAGAGUGGAAGAAGCCUUCCUGAAAACAACGCACGCCGCAAGGGCAGAAGCUGCGGCUCAAAGACGAGAGGAGCGUCGGAGAGCCGAGCAAGAAAGAAUUCUCCAAGAGGAAGAUCCCGAUAAACAACGGAAAUGGGAAGAAAAGGAACAACGAAGAUUGGCCAAAAAACGUGCUCCAAGAAUGAAGCAACUUAAAGUGAAAGCUUUGUGAUAUAAUCAGAAUUAACAAGUGGGAUGUACAUUUUAAACAAAUCUGCUACUCUCUCCAUAUCCAAAAAGAAAAAUUCGUGAGUAAUUCCAAUGGAAUUGUACUUCGUCCAAAUUAUCUACGAAAUAACUUAUGUCUUCAUUGAGAUUUAUAUAUUUACUCAGUGUUCUCUUACAUGAAAUAUCGAACUUAUUAAAGAAAGUACAAACGAC